CCAUUAUCCGGUAGGUGUGAUGGGGAGGUGUCUGUCGUUGACGGACCCAUUCAUUUAUUGACCGGCACGCGGACCACCAUGUCACCGGCAAAGUCCACGUGGACCCCACACGUUGUAGAAAGGCAAAAAAUAAAAAAAACUACACUUCUACUCAAAAAACGCACGACUCUAACCCCGAAGGCUGCUGCUUCUUCCUCGCUUCUUCUCAGCCUAUGAAGAGGAAAAACCCUAAUCAAAACGCGUCUUUUUGAAAGCUACAGGCUUUUCUUCUUCUGGAGGAGGGGAUUUGGGGUUUGUUAGGUGAGUUAAGAGGUUUUUUUGGAGGGUUUUCAGGCAAAAUGAGAUGGGAUUGUGGCUUUUGUAAAACCCUAGCUUGGUUGGAUCUGUUGUUUCUCUUCUGCGUUUUUUUUUCGGUUUAUGGAAGGGUGUUUUCGGGGGAAGUGGUUUCCGAGAGGGAGAUUCUUCUCGAAUUCAAGAGCUCAGUGUCUGAUCCGUAUGGGGUUCUGUCCAGCUGGAGCUCAGAGAACUUGGAUCACUGUUCUUGGGCCGGCAUCUCCUGCGACUCCAAUUCUAGGGUUUCUUCGUUGAAAAUCACUGGCGGCGGAGGUAAGUCUGGAGCUUUUUCUUGUUCAAAGUUUUCGCAGUUUCCGUUUCAUGGUUUUGGAAUCAGAAGGGAUUGUUUUAAUGGGAGUGGGAGGUUGGUCGGAGAACUGUCUCCGGUGGUCUCGAAACUCACUGAACUUAGGAUUUUUUCGCUUCCUUUUCAUGAAUUUAGUGGUGAAAUUCCUAAUGAAAUAUGGGGUUUAGAAAAGUUAGAGGUACUUGAUCUUGAGGGCAAUGCAUUUACCGGAAAUUUGCCUGGCGAAUUCUCUGGUUUGAGGAAAUUGCAGGUGUUAAACCUUGGAUUUAAUAUAAUUGCUGGGGAGAUUCCGUUUUCACUGUCAAAUUGUGUUAAUUUGCGGAUUUUGAAUUUAGCUGGGAAUGAAGUGAACGGAAGAAUUCCAGGGUUUAUUGGUAGUUUUCCCAAGUUACAGGGGCUUUAUUUGUCUCACAAUGGGAUGAUUGGAACAGUUCCGGUUGAGAUUGGAAAUAAUUGUUGGAAUCUUGAGCAUAUUGAUUUGUCAGGUAAUUUCCUAGUUGGUGUUAUUCCACAGAGCUUGGGGAAUUGUAGACGGUUACGAACACUUUUGUUGUUCUCAAAUAAGUUUGAUGAUGUCAUUCCUCGUGAGCUCGGUCGUCUGCGGAAGCUUGAGGUUCUAGAUUUGUCGAGAAACAGUCUUAGUGGUCCCAUCCCUUCUGAGCUUGGAGAUUGUGUUGAGCUGUCAAUUCUUGUCCUUACGAAUCUGUUUGAUCCACUUCCAACUGAUAGGAGUCUACGUGGAAAGCUGGUAAGUGAUACCGCUGAUGAUAAAAAUCAUUUCCAAGGUUCCAUUCCUAUGGAAAUUACAACCCUUCCAAAGCUAAGACUACUGUGGGCGCCUAGGGCAACACUUGAAGGCAAGUUUCCCAGCAAUUGGGGCACUUGCAGCAGCUUGGAAAUGGUAAGCUUGGCCCAAAACCAUUUCACAGGGGCAAUCACUGGAGUGUUUGCCAGCUGUAAGAACCUACAUUUUCUGGAUUUGAGUUCAAACAGGCUGACUGGCGAGCUUGAUGAGAAACUUCCUGUUCCAUGCAUGAACGUCUUUGAUGUUAGUGGGAACUUCAUCUCAGGUCCCAUCCCCUAUUUUAAUCACCAUGACUGCCUCCACAUGGCCUCAUGGAAGUUAAGUUUCAUGGAGCGGUACAACCCAUCCUUGGGGUACUUAUCAUUUUUCACAGAUAAGACUCGUUUUGAAACCUCUUUACCAUUUUCUGAUGCUAGUCUUGCUGUGAUCCAUAAUUUUGGUCAGAAUCAGUUCACUGGUCAGAUACCAUUGCAACAUAUUUCACUGCAAAGAUUGAGGAAGCAGACUGAAUAUGCGUUUCUUGCUGGUGGGAAUAGACUCUUUGGAUCUUUUCCUGGAAACUUCUUUGGACAAUGCAACAGAUUGAAUGGAUUGCUCGUUAAUGUCAGCGACAACCGGAUAUCUGGUGUGUUAGAGACUGGUACAAUCUGCAGAUCUCUUAAGUUUUUGGAUGUCUCUAAGAACCAGAUUUCUGGUUCAAUACCUCGAGGUCUUGGAGAUUUGCAAUCUCUCAUUGUUCUUGAUUUGAGUGGGAACAAAUUGCAAGGUCAGAUUCCUGUGGAGCUUGGCCAGCUGAAGUAUCUUAAGUAUCUGUCUUUGGCUGGUAACAACCUUACUGGUGGCAUCCCUUCUAGUUUCAAACAUGUACGCUCUCUUGAGGUGUUAGAACUUUCUUCAAACUCUCUGUCUGGUGAGAUUCCACAAGGUCUUGUAGAGUUGAGAAACCUAACUGUUCUUCUGCUCAACAACAAUGAACUCUCGGGACCGAUUCUCUCUGAUUUGACUCAAGUGAAAUCACUCUCUGCAUUUAAUGCAUCCUUUAAUGACUUGUCUGGACGAUCACAGUUGGACAACAAUGUGAUGCUUGGAAGUCCUUCUCAUCAUUCUGGCCACAGGCAUUUCCUAGCUGAGCAGUCUUUGGAUCAUUCAAAGAGCAAUGGGAGUUCAGCCACUCCAUUACAAAGUUCUUCUGAAGAUGAUGAUGAUGAUGAUGGGCUCAGUUCUAUUGAGAUUGCAUCCAUAAUUUCUGCAUCUGCUAUUUUUUCUGUUCUUGUGGCUUUGCUCGUUCUCUUCUUUUACACGAGAAAAUGGAUCCCCAAGUCCCGGGUUCAGGGUUCUGAGACAAGGGAAAUUACAGUUUUCACUGAUAUUGGUGUUCCAUUGACAUUUGAGAAUAUAGCUUGGGCAACUGGGAAUUUCAAUGCCAGCAACUGCAUUGGGAAUGGAGGUUUUGGUGCCACUUAUAAGGCUGAGAUUUCACCAGGAGCCCUAGUGGCUGUGAAGAGACUGGCUGUUGGGAGGUUCACUCAAGGUGUUCAGCAGUUUCAUGCAGAGGUUAAAACCCUUGGAAGGAUUCGACACCCAAAUCUCGUAACUUUAAUAGGUUACCAUGCUAGUAAAACAGAGAUGUUCCUGAUAUACAAUUAUUUGCCUGGUGGUAAUUUGGAAAAUUUUAUCCAGGAAAGAUCUGCAACAGCUGUUAAUUGGAAGAUUCUUCACAAGAUUGCUUUGCAUAUAGCCAGUGCACUUGCAUAUCUGCAUGACCAAUGUAGUCCACGGGUCCUCCACCGUGAUGUCAAGCCUAGUAAUAUCUUGUUGGAUAAUGACUUUAAUGCUUAUUUGUCAGACUUUGGAUUAUCUAGGCUAUUGGGGACUUCUGAAACACAUGCAACAACUGGUGUGGCAGGAACAUUUGGGUAUGUAGCUCCAGAAUAUGCUAUGACUUGUCGUGUGUCCGAGAAGGCUGAUGUUUACAGCUAUGGUGUAGUGCUCCUUGAGCUGAUUUCAGAUAAGAAAGCAUUGGACCCUUCAUUUUCUUCACAUGCAAAUGGCUUCAACAUUGUUUCAUGGGCAUGCAUGCUAUUGCGGCAGGGUCAGGCGAAGGAUGUUUUCAAUGAAAGGCUAUGGGAUUCAGGUCCUCAUGAUAACCUGGUAGAUGUACUUCAUUUGGCUGUUAUGUGCACUGUUGAGUCAUUCUCCAUCAGGCCAACCAUGAAGCGGGUAGUGCAACGGUUGAAACAACUGCAGCCGCCCUCAAACUAGCAAUAGAAAAGAUCUGUAAGUUGCAUAGAUGCCAUAUUGGUUGCAGUUUCCAUAAUAAUAUGUCAUCCACCAUUUUCUGUCCUUGCAUCAGGACAACUUAUGGAUGAAUCUGCAGAAGAAUGCAGAUGAUAUUCAUCCUCUGUGCUGAGCAAUUUUCAGAACCUCCUUUCAUUGUACAUGUACCUCUGUUCAUUUUGCAUCUCAAAUAUAGAUCAAAGCAUUCAGAGAA